UCUCUCUCUCUCUCUCUCUUUUUUUACGCCGCCGCUGACGUCAGAGGAAACACGGUAUAAAUACCAAUCGAAGGGCUGCAGUUCAUUCACAAAGAUUCAGGCGCGCGUUGGUGGGACACACACAUACACACACAUACACCAGGACUUUUGAGCUUCUUUUUAACUGCACACUCGCUGUUUAUUAUUAUUAUUAUUAUUUUUUCGGGGGGGGAACCCGACUCCGAUUGGGUUUCGAGGCGCUGCUGCUGCUGCAAAAAAACCAACACAACGCUGGGACCUGAGCGAAAACUUGGGAGGAGGACAUGUACCAGGGAUUUCCAGGCGACUUUGACUCGGCUUCUCGCUGCAGUUCUUCCCCCUCGGAACCCCAGUACCUGUCAUCCGUGGAUUCCUUCAGCCAGAGCGUGGGCAGCCCCACCACCGCCGCACAAGAGUGUACUACCAGCAUCGGGGACAUGCCAGGAUCCUUUGUACCAACCUUAACUGCUAUCACAACUAGCCAGGACCUUCAGUGGAUGGUUCAGCCAACUGUCAUCUCCUCAAUGGCUCAAUCACAGCCACAGCCUCCGGCUUCCGUCCAUCCCCAGCCCAUCAUGGAUCCGUACAACCUCCCAGGGACAAGUUAUUCUACCCCAGCCAUGUGCUCCUACAUUAGCCCCGAGCCAACUAAACCCACCCGAGCCAGCCGUCCCCGCCGGGCACGCGAUGAGAUGCUCACAGCAGAAGAGGAAGAGAAGCGUCGUGUUCGCAGAGAGAGGAACAAGCUUGCAGCGGCCAAGUGUCGGAAUCGACGUCGGGAGCUGACAGACCGACUGCAAAUUGAGACAGACCAGCUGGAAGAAGAGAAGGCCGAACUACAAUCCGAAGUGUCCGAGCUGCAGAAGGAGAAGGAGAGGUUAGAAUUCGUGUUGGUGGCUCACAAACCGGCCUGUAAAAUCCCCUAUCAAGAUGAUCUGAGCCCACAGCCCAGCACUUCAGGCGAGGUGAGCGCUUUGGAAAUGGCCAGCUUACUGGACAUCAAAGAGAGCCCUUUCGCUAGGAACUUUGCAUCCGGCUCCCACCCACAUCAGGGCUCUCAGGUGUCCAUCGGUGCAUCUAUGGCUGAGGUGUCCUUUGGUAGCUCGUUCUAUUCGCACUGUGAGCCUCUGAACACGCCGGUUGUAAAUCCUAGCCCCAACUCCUCAUACACAUCUUCAUUUGUGUUCACAUACCCAGAGGGAAGCAGCUGUGGGGUGCUCCACCAGCGGAACAGCAGCAGCGACCAUUCCCCGGACUCUCUGAAUUCUCCAUCGCUGCUCGCUCUGUAAACUCCACCUUGUGCUAGCUCCACGCACCACUUAAUCCAGAGCUAUAUCUUUUACUGAGUCCUCGGUCCAGCUGAAGGCACGGCACAGCACCAGGAAAGGGCUGAAUGUGCCACAGACCUGCUUGUGGAUCCUGGACACUUUGUGGACGUGAAUCAAGCCACAGGUGUGCGAUAUCCACCUUUUACUUGCUGGUCGCUGUGUCAGUACAGGAUCCCAGUGGGUAUCUAUCUGCAUUGCUACACGGCUUGGCAGCUGCCACUAAAUCAUGUGCUUGUCUUUUUCAAAGCAAAUUGCGAUGCUAGUUAUAGUUAUUAUAAAGCACUGUGUGAAUGUACUUUCAUAUUUUGGUUUAAGAGUGCUCUGUACACCUCCAUCUGCACCUCUGGAGCUGGGUGGGUGAGUGAGGAAGGAAGGCCCAGGGGCCAACCCAGAGGCUACAGGAUGUUGGUUCUUUGAAUGUAAUGGCUUUGUUGGUAUAAACCCUACUCCCAGAGUAAGAGUCCCAAACGAGCUAAAUUGUGGCUUGCAGAUUGAAAGGCCCUCGUAUCGCACACCUUGAGCGCUUGUCCCCUCUCAUCAACUGUAGCAGGAGGCUACGGAAGAGAAGGAGCAAGCUCCCUCCCCUCCCCAUGUAACAAUACUGUGAAUCCAGACAUUUUGCUAAACAAGUGAAUUAAUAUUUCUUGUUUGGCUUUUUAAAGAGUAUUUAUGUCAUGUGAAUCCUCGACUGCUGUAAUGUGAGUAGAAGUCAAGUAACUGUCAAUGUGACUAUAUAUUAUAUAUUCUAUAUAUCUGUGUGUAUAUAUAUAAUAUAUA